UUGGCGUUUGAUAUUUCUUUAGAGCCAGUCGGUUUCUGUAAGCAGCUGAAGCUGUAUUGAACGUUUCAACGUCUGACGUGGAGAAGCUUAUCUUAAGCCAGAAAUGUUUCUUGUAAUCAUUUUAAUUGGAUGCUUUGUUACGGACGCCCUGGGGCAAAAUUGUCCAGCGGACCGCAGGAUAGAUGGGUUCACGUGCGGCGGCGGCCGCGGCUCCAUUGAGUGCCCGACUGGUUCCCAGUGCGUCCUCAGUCCCGGGGGAGACCACCGGUACUGCUGCUGGGAUGCGACAACACCAGGCGCAGCGCCGUGCGAUGACCCGAUGGUGAAUAGCGGUGUAUUCACCCAAUGCACGCCGGGUCAGGACAGCACGUGCCCCGGCUCGUGUCACACGUGCGAGGCGGUAGGGUCUCAGGGGAUGAACAUGGGGCUCUGCUGUCCGCAGGUCACCAGACCCGGAUGUGAGAACAGCAGCCCGGCUUUAGUAGCAUUUGAAGCGGCCCGGCGCAGAAUCAUCGGUAGUCGUGGCGGAACCAGCAUACAGGGAGGAGCAUUUCAAUCACAGGACACGACGGGCUUUCAAAGCGCAACGGAAACGUCGGUAGAGCAACCGACGCGCACCGUGAGUCCAUGUGGAGGCGACACCCGACCAACAGCAUAUUGCGGUUCUGUUAACCCAUGUUCCACCGGGCAACGGUGCGUCGGUAUAGGUUUCGGGCGAGGAGUGUGCUGUCCAGACGCCCUCGGGAUGUCGACCUUCAUGGGGACCGGCGGAAGUGCCCAAGCUUUCUCGCAGCAGUCAAUGUUUUAAACGCCUGUCUCAGGUCAACGUAGCAGCCCAUCAAGAACUUUUAAUAAACAAUCCCUUCCUUCACUGAUGUGGAAGAAUAAAAAGAAUUGUGUACACAACACACUCGUGUGCUUGUCACUGAGCCAUUCCUUGCCCGACUGGUCGACCGUGGCAAUUCAAUUAUUAUAUUCAGAGGCGUGUAAUGAAUAAUUACUUAAUAAACAAUCUCUAUACAAA